AUGGCAUACUCAGGGCCGGACGAGCCCGCGGGUGGCUACCUCGACGACUCGACCAGCCAGAUCGAACUGCUUCUCGGUAGCGAGGAUGACGGCAGAGCGUUCGCUCGCAUAAAGGAACACGGGAGACGGCGAGCCUGGACUGUCCAGCGCUGCUACCGCUGCCUAGAGAACCUUCUUCGCGACCUGCUACUCCACCAGCGACGGCGGUUUCGCUGCAGGGCCUCCUCGCCAGCUCACACACUCUGGCUGCUGCUCAAGAUUCUCAUCUUCUUGGUAGGCGGAUUCGUCCUCGUCUCUGUGGUGCAGGCCAUACUUCACCCUUCCUACCAGCGGCCCCCUGAACACUACGCACAGCUGCAGAGAAGGAUCCUCGCUUCGUCAGGGCACGGCCGCGCAAAUCAGAAGGACGAAAAGAUAUUUAUCGCUGCAAAUAUCAUCAGGGAAGACUUGAUACGCGGGGCCUGGGGUGCGUCGCUGCUGGAACUCGUCGACUUGCUGGGGGAGGACAAUGUGUUUGUCAGUGUAUACGAAAAUGACAGCGGGAAGGCAACUAGCGAGGCGCUUAUAGAGCUCCAGGAUAAACUUCCAUGUAACUCGUCGGUUGUUGCCGGAGACCAUCUUCGCCUGUCUGAACUGCCCACGACCACGGCGCCUGGCGGCAAGCAACGUAUCAAACGGAUAGCGUACCUGGCAGAAGUUCGAAAUCGAGCGCUUAGGCCUCUUGAUGCGACCUACACCCCUACCUCAGCCGGGUCGGAGAAAGGCUUCCGUCAUGCCACGGAGAAAUUCGACCGCGUGCUGUUCCUGAACGAUGUAUACUUUUCAGCUACAGAUGUUGUGCAGCUGUUAUUCUCUACGAACGCCGAAAAGACUGGCCAUGCGGACUACCGCGCCGCCUGUGCAAUUGACUUUACCGCCAAUGUAAUGUUUUAUGACACCUUUGUCGUAAGAGACAAUGAGGGCUAUGGCAUGGGUCUUAUGUUUUUUCCGUGGUUUCCGGUGGUAGGAAAGAGUGAAAGCCGACAGGAUGUCCUUGCUGAGAAAGACGCAGUUCGAGUCCGAAGUUGCUGGGGUGGAAUGGCUUCCUUCGACGCCCAGAUCUUUCAGAAAUUUUCUGGAAACCAUUCAGAGCUCGCACUCACCUUUCGCCACGAACCAGAGCCAUUUUGGGAGGCAGCUGAAUGUUGCCUUAUCUUCGCAGACAUGGAGUCUACCUCCCUCGAAUCAAACGGUGCCGGAGUCUACAUCAAUCCUUACAUCCGGGUUGCAUAUACAGAGAACACCUGGGUAUGGCUGGAUUUCUUCCGCAGAUAUGAACGAAUAUUUGCCAACCUGCAAUGGAUUGUGAGUAAAAUUGGCUACCCUGAAUAUAACCCUCGCCGACUACACAAUCCUGGUCAAAUGGUCAAGGAGAAAGUAUGGGUUCAGGGCGACGACGAGAACCAACUCGGCUCGUUUCAAAUGCUGGAACGAAAGGCAGCAGUGGGGGGUUUUUGCGGCCAAAGACGAAUGUUUGUCAUGAAAGAUGACAUCAACGACGCCAACAAGAAAGGAGAAAAGAACUGGGAGAAGAUACCCGUGCCGACUUAUUAG